GUAAGUAGUAUGUAUUAGCAAGUAGUAAUGAUAGAACGAAUUGAAUAAAAUAUAUAAAUAUCCAUUUCAAUAAAGUGAUAUUUAUUGUUUCCAUAUAAAAUUUGGGGAUAUUUAUUUAAUUGAUUCUAUUGUUCUAUGUAAUAUAAUAUACAUAUACAUAUAUUGAAUUAGCAUAGUGAUUAAACAUACCUGGCAACAAAAACACCAAAAUAAAAGAAAACGUAUCCCAUAGUAAAUGCCCCUAUUUAAAUUAAUAAUACCAACAAUAAAUCAAAAUAAAAAAUGUGAAAAUAUAUUUCGUUGGUUUGUUAAAGAUUCUAUGAAUGAUAUAACAUAUGAACAAUUAAAUGAGAGAAUACAAAGUAUAUUCUAUAAAUUGGAUACUUAUAAUAAUAGUAAUGAUUUAAUGAAAGAGUUUCAAGUAUUAUGGUAUGAUGGUGAAGAUCUAUGUCGUAUUAUUUCUACAGAAGAUCUUCAUGAUGCUAUACAUACAUUAGGUGGAUUAAAUGGUAAUGAAAAAAGUAUUAGAUUUUAUAUAACAUCAAAUGAUUGUGAACAAUUCAAGAAUCAAUUAAACGAGAAAAACUCAAAUGAAUUACAAUUACCUGAUUUACCAGAAACAUUAGAUAAACUUGAAAUUGAUGAAAAUGUUCAACAUAGUAACACUGAUUUAAAUCAUAUAGAAACAAAAUCUAAUAAAAAACAAUCAAUAAUCGAUAAAUCCAUAGUAUUCGAUCAAAAAUCGAAUGAUGAUAUUGAUUUAGAUCAUCAAUCUGUUUUACCUAGUGCACCAACAUUAAUGGAUUCAACUACAAUGGAUUUAUUAUGGUCAUCAUUACAAUUACCACAAUAUAAUAUGAAUUAUAUGAAUAUACCACAAAAUGUUCAUGCAUAUACUACUUAUACACCAUAUACACAAGGAUAUUAUUUAUAUAAUAAAAUGAAUAUAAGUAAAUUACCAUUACCAUCAUCAUUAUCAUCAUCAUCAUUAUCACUAUCACCAUCUCCAUCUCCAUCUCCAUCAUCAUCAUUGUCAUUAUCAACAUAUCUUCAAUCUUAUCCAAUGAAUAAUCGUAAAAAAUUGACAACUACUAAUACAUAUAAUACAAUAUUACAAAUACCUAAUUCAUCAUUUCAUUUAAAUAAACGAAAUAAUCCAUAUACAAGAUCAUGUAUUAACUUAGCAACUAAAUCUAAUAUUAUUACUAAUAAUAAUAAUAAUAAUAAAAAUAAUGAUAAACAUCAAAUUGAUAUAUCAGCUAUUAUUAUAAGAUUACGUCAUAUGGGAUUUCAACAAAGUGAUAUUUAUUUAAGUAAUAUUAUUAAACAAUAUAAUGGAAAUAUUAAUCCUAUUUUAGAUAGAUUAUCAUUUGAAAAUAAUAAAAAAUGAUAAUGUAUCUUAUUGUUUAUUUAUUUAUUUAUUAAUUUGAUAACUUUUCAUAUGAAUUAUAAUUUGUAUUCUUGAAAUAAACUCAUCUCUCUUUCAUUA